CAUGAAGAGUAGAGUUCUAUAAAAAUGUUGGCUGCCUUGAUAUAGUGUGUCAUCAAGAAUUUUUAUGUCUUUACACAUUACAUACGCAAUUGCAACACGAAUCGCAACACGAACAAAAUCAAAGUGAGUGAAGCUAGGGACAUGGAUGAUAUGGUGGCUAGGAGUUUUUGUGAGUGGAGUUGGAAAGAGAACAAGUUGUUUGAGCUUGCUUUAGCAAUGGUAGACGAGAAACACCCCGAAAGAUGGGAGGUAGUUGCAGCCAUGGUUGGGGGUGAGAAGAGUGCAGGGGAGGUUCAACAGCAUUAUGUGAUCCUUCUUGAGGACUUGCAUGUUAUAGAAUCUGGAAAAUUGGAUUAUAAACUUGGAGAAAUUCAGCCUAGUGCCCUUGUUGAAAGUAAGGAGUCUUUGAUCUUAUCAUCUCAUGAUGAUAAUUAAAGCUUGUAAACCCCUUUUUAUUUAGUUCUCUUAGAAUAUAUUUGUUAUAACAUGUUGAUUCCACCAUGUUCAUUCAAUUAUAGGAAAUUGUAUGAUAUAUGUGCUUAAAUAUAUUUUGUAGCUAUACAAAUUUUGUUUUGAUGCUGUU